CGCCGCGGGCGUAGGGGCUGGAGCACGCCCCCACCACGCCCGGCCACAACAUCAGAUACAGAUGUCCUGACGGCGGCGUGCGGGGGCUAGGGCCGCACUCCGGGCCGCACACCGGGCCGCACGCGGCGGGCGGCAUGACGGCGGACGACGAGUACCGGUCGCUCCGCCUCGCGCCCCUCGGCCCCCUCGGCUCGCCGCUGCCCCCGCCGCCGGCGCCGGCCACGGAGCGGUACCACCAGACGCACGGGCAGCAUGGGCACGGCGCGUGGAGCGCCGGUGGGCUGCCCAACGGCCUGCCCAACGGUGUGCCCAACGGGUUGUCCAACGGCCUGCCCAACGGCCUUCCCAACGGCCUGCCCAACGGCAUGCCCAACGGCCUGGGCAUGGCGGCCCACGGCCACCACUCGCACACGCUGCCCCACCUGCACCACUAUGACCGCGAGCAGCGGGACCGCUACGCGCCGCCGUCGCCGGCCUCCUCGGCGCACAGCGACCGCGAGCGGGAGCGCGAGCGGGACCGCGACCGGUACCUGCCUCCGCCCGCGCCCGCGCCGCUCGCGCCCAUGGACCGCUACCUGCUGUCGCCGUCGCCCGUGCCGCCGCCCGGAUCGCAGCCCAUCGAGCGCUACGUGCCCCCACCGGCGCCCAGCGGCUCGGCGCCCACCGCCGACCGGUACGCGGGCGGCGACGUGUACAACCGCUUCCACCACCACUACCGGACGGGCAACGGCGGCGGCGCGACCACGGGCCACCACCAGCAGUACCAGCAGUACCACACGCUGCGCGCGCACCACGCCGGCCACCAGCAGCACCGCUACAACCACCACCAUGUGGUGACGCCGUCGCACGGGUCCCGGGGGCUGCACCACAUCCGCUGCUGCCAGACGGCGGCGACCGCAGGGGCGCAGGCCAACCCCGGCCCGGUGACCUUGGGCCCGUCCCAGCCCGCCGCGCCCUACAGCCUCCCAUCGCCGUCCGGGAGGCCGUCGUCGCACGGCACGCACGGGCUGUCUGCGCGCCUGCUGCCCACCCCGUCCUCGUCGUCGUCCUCCGCGUCGUCCACCACGUCCGCGAGCUGCGGCAGGCACUCGUCGACGCCGCCGCCGCUCGGCUCGCUGCCGCCGCUGGGCCGAUGCUCGUCCGAGGAGCUCGGCGACGGCUUUGGCACGGCGCGCUCGCGGCGCUGCGGGCCGCGGGGCUACAACGCGCAGCAAGGGUCGGCGCAGGCCGGGCCGCAGGCGGUGCAGGGCGUGCAGGCCGCCACCCAGACCGCCGUGCGCAGGGACAGCAGGGACUCCAGGGAUUCCAGGGAGUCGAUGCGAGACUCCAGGGACGCCGUGCGGGACGCUGUUCUGCGCGACGCCAGGGAGGCCGACCUUCACGCCGUUGCAUGGAGGGGAGUGACCGGCCAGAGUCAGCAGCAGCAGCAGCAGCAACAGCAGCAGCAACAGCAGCAACAACAACAGCAGCUGGGCCAGCAGUCUUCUCAGCAGCCCCUACCGGCCGCCUCACCGACGCCCUCCAUCAAUGUGUCCAGCGCGGACAGCCAGCACAGUGGGGCGCCGCUGCAGCGGCCGCAGGGCGCGCUGGACCGGGACAGCGGGGGCAGCGGCCACAGCGGCGGCAGCUCCACGGCCUCCACCACCACCGCCUCGCUCGAGCCGCCGGCCUCGCCGCCGCAGCUGCACCCCGGCGGCCACCCCCACCCCCACCACCUGUCGCCGCAGCUGUCUGCGCCCGCGGGUGUGGCCACGGCCAGGACGCAGGCUGGCGUGUCCUUCUCGGACGUGCGGCGGAUGUCGGCGAGCCAGAGCCUGGCGCCGGGCCACAGCCAGGGCGCGGGCAGCGCGGGGCCCUCGCGCCACCGUCUGCAGCGCCAGCAGUCCAAGUCCGAGAUCGUCCGCAACUACAUCAAGCGCGAGACGGCCGCCUUCUUCGGCGUGGACGCGGCCCAGGAGAGCGCCCAGCGCGCGCGGUGGGUGGACCGGCGGAAGCGGCUGGCGGCGCGGCGCUACGGCGACCUCAAGGACGAGUUCGCGCUCACGCCCUCGCUGCCCACCACGCCAGUCACGCCGUCCACGCCCUACAGCCAGUCGCGAUUCGCCCGGCCGGACGUGCUGCCGCUGUCCGGGCCGCAGGACGUGACGGACAACGCCCGCCUGGAGGAGCCACCCGUGCGCCGGAAAGAGUCCGUGGCCAGGAUGACCUUCAGCGGGGUGGCCUACGUCGUGUCGCGAUUGGCGAGGCAACGUGCCAGGGAGCCUGCUCUGGCCAGGACGCUGUCCCGGUCCAUCCAGCCCUCCACCGUGCCGCAGGUGAACCUGGACGACGGCAGGCUGCGAACGCCCUCGCCCACCGUCGGACUGCACUCGGUGCAGGAGCCGUUCUUCGACCAAGUGACCAAGGACUCGCGCGAGCUGCCGGCGGGCCUCGACGGCGCCGUGCCGGGUGCCGGUGAGCUGAGCCACCUGCUGGACCCGUCCGGGUCGGCGCCGACCUCUGCAGCUGCGGCGUCCGCGGCGCAGCGCGAGCACCUGCGCGACGCAGUCGAUGGCGGCCACGGCUACCACGGCAGCUACACUCCCGCCAGGGACCGGUGCUGGACGAGGACGGCCUCGCGACAGCCAGCCGACCUGCGGGGCGAGAGCUCCUGCAGGGAGGUGGGCUUGAGGCGGAUGCAGCCGCCGCUCGUGGACAGGGUCAAGGACAACUCUGACAGGAGGCAGUACGGCAUGGGCGUCGUCGGCCGGCUCUUCGGGCGGUCGGUGAAGCGGUCAGUGGCGCGGCAACCGAAAGUGAGGGAGCAGCUGGAGGACCUGGAGGAUCACCGGCCCUACUUCACGUACUGGGUCACCACCGUGCAAAUCCUCAUUCUUAUUAUUUCAAUUGCGUGUUACGGGUUUGGGACUAUCGGGAUUAACCUGACUCAGCGCUCCGGCUUGGUCCUAACAACUAGCCUCUCUCUGAAGCAAGUUGAUUAUUCAGAGCCAGCUAACUUCUGGAUUGGUCCUAGAGCAGCGGAUCUUAUACAUCUUGGAGCCAAAUUUGGACCCUGCAUGAGAAAAGAUGCAAAAAUUCUCAAGGAAAUAGAAGAAAGUAGAAUGAAGGAAAGAAAUACAGCAUGUUGCAUUAGAAAUGAUGAGUCUGGUUGUGUUCAGAGCUCUAGAAGUGAUUGCUCAGUCUUGCCACGUGGAACGAGAUCACCGUAUACAAUUGAAUUAUGGAAGAAGUGGAGCUCUGGAAAUCUGGGGCCAGGAGGCCGAAUAUCAGGUUCCGUGUGUGGUUUGGAUCCAAAAUAUUGUGAGGCCCCAGCCUCAAUAGCACCAUUUGAGUGGCCAGACGAUAUCACAAAGUGGCCAAUUUGUAGGAAGACAAAUUCUCGAGGUCCACCUCAAAGACGCUUUCAGUCUAAAGAUAAAGCUGCUGAGCAUAUGGUGUGUGAGGUCAUUGGUCAUCCAUGUUGCAUUGGAAUUCAUGGCUCAUGUGAGAUCACAACAAAAGAAUACUGUGAUUUUGUGAGGGGAUAUUUUCAUGAGGAAGCAUCCCUAUGCUCACAGGUUUCCUGCUUGGAUGAUGUAUGUGGUAUGAUGCCAUUUUAUACUCCAGAAGUUCCAGACCAAUUUUAUCGGCUUUGGACAUCAUUAUUUCUUCAUGCAGGGUUGUUCCAUCUGGUGAUAACCAUAGUAAUUCAGUAUUUUUUGAUGAGAGAUUUAGAGAAGCUCACAGGACCCUUCCGAAUUGGGUGCAUAUAUAUUGGUUCUGGUGUAGCCGGGAACCUUGCAAGUGCCAUAUUUGUUCCAUACCGAGCAGAGGUUGGUCCUGCUGGUUCACAAUUUGGACUGUUAGCCUGUCUCAUAGUGGAAGUACUGAAUGUGUGGCCCAUGUUAAAAAGGCCUUCACAUGCACUUUUUAAGUUAUUGGGUAUCACUUUGAUGCUGUUUGUGCUUGGUCUUCUCCCUUGGGUAGACAACUAUGCACAUGUAUUUGGAUUCAUAUUUGGAUUCUUACUAUCAUAUGCUCUCUUACCUUUUGUGUCAUUUGGGCCAUACGACAGGCAACGCAAAAUAGCUCUAAUCUGGGUGUGCCUACUGUCCUCUACAUUCCUAUUUGCUGCGCUGAUUGCGCUAUUUUACGUUAUUCCCGUUUAUGACUGCGAAAUUUGUACCUACUUUAACUGUCUCCCACUAACAAGAGACUUCUGUGCUGAACAGAACAUCAAUCUUAAACGAGAUGAUGGUUUAGUAUGACGAUUGUGUUUACGGUUGUACCGAACCGUACGCUCAUGUUUCCUUGCCCUCUCACCUGCCUCAACCUACUCUGAUGGACUUAUUACAGGAAGUAUUUUCAGAGUUUCACUUUUUAUAACUUAAUUUUAGAACAUAUCGCAUUUCUUUCAAUUCUGCUUUGUUGCUUUGCUUUACUAUGUUACUGUCGGACAAUACAAAGAUGUAUGUGAAACUGAGAUGUGUCAAAUUUUAAUCAGAAAUACGUUCUGUUUUUAAAAUGAAUUUUAAAAAGGUGCAAUACCGUGUUUUAUACUUAGAAUUUCAAAAUGUCUAUUACUGUCACAAAACUGCAUUUAUUUGAACUGUUGAACUAUUUCAAUCAUGGAAUGCAAAGUUUGACUGUGAAGUUUAUGGCACAAGUAUAUCUAUUUGCAAUAUUUUUUUCAACAUUUUAAUGAACUCUUUGUGAUUUUUUUUAUCCUUUUUCAUUUUCCAAUCAUGGUUAGCACUCUUUCCUUCAUUGUAACAUACAAAUGCUCAAGCCUUGUGCUAUUUUUUUUUGAGUUUUUACAGUCUGAUCAUGAACGGCAAAGUGCCUAGGUUCAAAGUGAAUGGAUUUCUCAUGUCUGAGUCAAUGAACUACCUAACUAAGUGAAGGCAAGUCAUGUCAGGAGUUCUGAGUUAACUAGUGGCUUUCAACUUUUAGUCAUUAUUAUUUUUAACUUAAUGUACUUAAUAUGAUUUAUUUUAUUUUUUUGCUCAUGAGGUACAUGUGCUAUGUACUUCUAGGAAACCAGUAUUGAUUUUUACUAGUUACCCAAUGUGGAUAUGUACAAAAGUUUGAGGGUAAGAAAAUAUUUAUCUUUAGUUCCUUGUUAUAAGUUGACAUUAAGUAAACCAAACAUUUCAUGUUCUUAUGGACUUCCUAGUCUCAAUAUAUCUCUCUCAACCUCAGCAGCGUGAUGAAACAACCUGUGUCAUUCAGUAUUCCUCAGUAUUGACAUCUUUCUAUAUUUAUCUUUGAUUAAUGAUAAUUGCUUUUCAUUUUAUCUGAUGUAAUUUUUUUUUUUUUUUUUGCCAGUGGAGGUAUGGGACUGAAAUUUUGGGUUCAGUCCCAGUUGUGAGGCCAUACAUGUUGUGCUCUUAAACCAAAGGGCCAGAUAGCUUAAGAGUCGGAACCAAAUGUCUUUUCCAGUCAGUGCCUUGAUUUUAUUUAUGACAAAUGCUGCAGCAAAAACCCCAGCUGAAUUUUGAUCACAGCAAGUAUCAUUCCUUUUCAGUAAGGGAGAGAAAGUUGUAUUAAAGUUCUUUGCAUGAUCCACUGAGUAUUAAAUCCUCUUGAAUCCUGAAAACAAAAUCACAAAUAUUAAUUAUGGAGUCCAUAAUAUCUCUUUCUGAGUGUUAUAGAAUUCAUGCUGUGUAUAAGUAUUAGAAUACAAAGUGAGUGAUAAACUCUUCCCUUUCCAAACUGCAAGUUGUAGGGAAGUGCUGUUCUGUAUGUGGCUCUGUUCACUGCAAUUAAAAAAUUUGUUCAUCAGCUGAAGAGAAAGUAACAUCAUCAUGGAAGUAUGGUGGAGCAAGAACAACCCACACACGUCAACACAUCAACAAGUUGUGGGGUUUAGUGUUCAGAAGAUAUGCAAACUACACUUCUUCUUUCGGUACAUGAAAGUGAACAAAGACUUUGCAGUGUCUACGCAAUUCAAUUUUUUUUACAUUUUAAGAAACACGUAACUAAGUAAGACCACCACAAAAGUGUCUAUACUGUUAGUAAGUAAGAAAAUAACAACAUUGCUCCUGCAAUGAUUUUAGCCAUCAUGUACAGUUUGUGAUAAAUAUUUAUUUCAUUAAACUUGUCUGUUUUUGAGUUGGAUUUAAAUUUAUUUACUUCUAUAAUGUCAGCAUGCCACAUACUAAAGGAUAAGCUUUCCAUACCCUUUCAAAAUUCAAUGUGAUAAUCUUUGUGGCAUUGCUUGCAAUUUGUGUGUGUAAAUUCAUGAAUGCCAGUUAUUGUAUUAUGUCUGCUUGAAUGAGGCAUAGGAAACGUCUUUUGAAAGUACAUUUUUCCUUUUGUUUUUCAUAUCAAGACUGCCCCCAGGUACUUGCAUUUCUUGUCUUCAUCUCUUUUAUUUCUGUGGACUUUACAAUUGUGCUAGACCACAUUGUGUUAUUCUGUCUUAGAAAAUGAUAAAACUGUAUGCUUGUGUGUUUUGUGUACCCAAUUAUGUACAUGUAAGUACGCAUGCUGCAUAUAAAGAAUGUAUAUAUGAUGUGGAUAUGCAAUGGAUGAAUAUUAAAUAUGAGACUGUUAAAAGCUA